AUGCUAGCAACCUUGGCAGCGCUCUUCCUGUGGCUCAGGGUCAGCAUGGGGGUGCAUGGUGCUCCCUGCGAAGCUGUGCGCAUCCCCAUGUGCAAGACCAUGCCCUGGAACAUCACCAGGAUGCCCAAUCACCUGCACCACAGUACCCAGGAGAAUGCCAUCCUGGCCAUCGAGCAGUAUCAGGAGCUGGUGGACAUCAGCUGCAGCCAGGUGCUCAGCUUCUUCCUGUGCGCCAUGUAUGCCCCUAUCUGCACCCUGGAGUUCCUCCACGACCCAAUCAAGCCCUGCAAAUCGGUGUGCCAAAGAGCCCGAGAUGGAUGCGAGCCCAUCAUGAAGAGGUACAACCACAGCUGGCCCGAAAGCCUGGCUUGCGAUGACCUGCCUGUGUACGAUCGAGGGGUCUGCAUAUCCCCUGAAGCCAUAGUCACCGAUGUCCCUGAAGAUGUGAAGUGGAUGGAUUUUACUCAAGAUGUAAUGGUCCAAGAAAAACCUCAAGAGUCUAACUGCAAGAAUCUAAACCAGGCUCGAUGCAAGUGCCGGAAGAUAAAGCCUACCCUAACAACAUACCUGACCAAAAACUACAGCUACAUUAUUCAUGCUAAAGUAAAGGGUGUAGAGAGAGGUAGCUGCAAUGAAAUAACUACAGUGGUUGACGUGAAAGAGAUACUUAAAUCUUCAAUACCCAUUCCUCGAUCUCAAGUGCCUCUUCUUACUAAUUCAUCCUGCCAGUGUCCACAUCUUCUCCCAAAUCAAGAUGUUCUCAUUAUGUGUUAUGAAUGGCAUUCAAGGUUGAUGCUUCUUGAUGGAUGUUUAGUUGAAAAAUGGAAGGAUCAGCUAGAUAAAAGAUAUAAGAGGUGGGAACAGAGACUGCAAGAAAAGGUGCGAACAGCCCAUGAUAAAAAUCAAAACGUUGGACGCACUGGUCGGAGUGGUGCACCAAAAUUGAACACUAAGAACACCAGCCAAGUGCUGGGGACCCCCAAAAAGACCACUAAAAUAAGAAAUGACCAGAAACAAACAACCCCCAAAAAAGUAUGA